UACAAUUAAUGGCGAGUGUAACGAUAAGUAUGCUUCUAAAAGAAUCAUUAUUAUGAUUCAAGAAGCAACACAAUACAAAUUCGUGCCUAAAAAUCGACGACAAACUUGUAUCGGCUUAGAUGGAUACAAAUUGUCUCUAGAUACAAAUUGUAUCUCUCUAUGA